GGUGUGUGUUGUGUCACUGAUGGGUGUCAACUACUAGAGUGGCCCAGUGUGGAUUGUGUGCCACUGAUGGGGUGUCAAGCAUGACGAUGGCUCAGCAUUAGUGGAAUGUUUUGGAAAGAUAAAUUAAAUCUCAGAAUAACUUGGACGAAAAAGUGUAGUGCAAUGAGUGUACACAAUACUUAUAAUGGAAGAAUAGAGUCCUGUGUUGAUGUAGGUUUUCAUAGCUCGAUAUCUGAGAGCAUUUCUCAGAGUCCUGUGUGUUUUGUAAUGCCAGGUACGCACAGUGCGGCCAUUCACACGGGGCGAUGUAUGAUUAACAGACGUUGCCAAGCUCAGAGCCGUGUAAACUGCAGUCAUAAAUGUAGCCAAAGUGCAAUAUGGGUCCUCCAAUGAAAGUAAUGCAAAAACAGUUUUUUGUUUUAAAUAUAGCAUCAAUGGCUGCACAAUGUAAUAGUUGCCUCUCACAUAAGUAUCGGAAUUAUCGGUGUCAUUGUCAACACCUGGCAAGAGAAUUGCAAAAGCAAUUUGAAUGUUGACCUCACCACACAAAAACGGUGUUCACAGGCUGAUGCUGUUUUACAGACAGGUUACAGUUUACGGACUAGUUUCUGCAGUGUUUCCUUUUGAAAAUUAACACAUUAAAAUUCACAAUAUCAAACCUAAGAGAAGAUGGCACGAGGCAGUCAGGGCAGAUAUUGGUGAUUGGCGAUUGCUGCGUGUCGACUAUGCAGCAUCUGCGGGUGCUGGCGGACGGUAUGGACCAUUGGCGAGGUGUUGUGGCAUAAGUGGCUUUGCUCACGGUGACAUAUGGAUCUGUUGUAUAAAGUAAAGUUUUUGAUUGCCAGUUUUCUGCUUGGUUGUGGGGUUCUCAGGUCUCAGUUUAAAAAUAGGUCAUCUCAAUGAGAUGUUGUUUGGGAGAAAAAUAACUAAUUAAUUUGCAUCCUAACUAAUAUGGUAGUCGUAUAUUUCAAUUAUUUGGUCACUGUAAUAACAUGGCUCUGAGGAACAGUCUUGUUAUCAGUGACGCCUUGCCCUGAAAAUGUUUGCCAACUCUGUGCCACUUGUCGUCGCGUAAUCAUGCCACCUCUAGAGAGCGUCAGGGUUCUAGACUCUGCCCGCCCCCUGUGCUGGUGAGGUGCUAACUAAUUAGAAACAUUAUGCUUGCAUGAUCCUGUGCAGCCAGAAUCCCACAUGAGCCAGUGACAAGGCUGUGAAGGUAGCAGUGCACUCUGGGCAGCCAGAGGGGCGGCAGCAUGGAAGGAGGCAAGGACAAGUACGGCUUCUACGUAGGCUUGGGCCUGGCCAUCAGCUCCAGCCUCUUCAUCGGGGGCAGCUACAUCCUUAAGAAGAAGGGUCUUCUGAAGCUGGCGAAAACAGGGUCAACGAGGGCAGGGCAGGGUGGGCAUGCCUACCUCAAGGAAUGGCUUUGGUGGGCUGGACUUCUCUCCAUGGGAGCUGGCGAGGGUGCGAACUUCGCUGCCUAUGCAUUUGCUCCGGCCACGCUGGUCACUCCGCUAGGUGCCCUGAGUGUCCUUGUCAGUGCAGUGCUGUCGUCGUACUACCUGAAUGAGAAGCUGAACCUACAUGGAAAGCUGGGCUGCAUGCUGUGCCUGUUGGGCUCCACUGUCAUGGUGAUCCACGCUCCGCAGGAGGAAGAGGUGGAGUCUCUGGAGGUGAUGGCUGUGAAGCUGCAGGACCCCGGCUUUAUCGUGUUUGCCACUGUGGUCGUCAUCUCCUCCCUGGUGCUGGUGUUCGCCGUGGCCCCGCGUUACGGCCAGACCAACGUGCUGGUCUACAUCUCCAUCUGCUCGGUGAUCGGCGCGCUCUCCGUCUCCUCCGUCAAGGGCCUGGGCAUCGCCAUCAAAGAGGCCAUAGGCGGGCGGCCCAUGUUCAAGGAGCCGCUGACGUGGAUCCUGCUCAUGAGCCUGGUGGCUUGCGUGGCGACGCAGAUCAAUUACCUCAACAAGGCGCUUGACAUCUUCAACACAUCCAUCGUGACACCGAUCUACUACGUGUUCUUCACCACGUCUGUCAUGGUGUGCUCCGCCAUCCUAUUCAAAGAGUGGUACCACAUGUCAGCAGCAGACAUCAUCGGAACUAUCAGCGGCUUCCUCACCAUCAUCCUGGGCAUCUUCCUGCUGCACGCAUUCAAGGACAUCAACCUGACGCUCGGUUCGCUGCCGACGUUCAUGCGCCGAUUCGAUCGGGCGCCCUCAAUGACGAACGGCGGCACAAGCGAUCGGCAGAGCCUGCUGAACGGCGACGCCGCGGAGCACCACGUCCCCUUGGCGCGCUCCUUCCCGUCGGGCCGGCGCAAUGGCAGCGUGCUCGACAUCUGAGCUUGAAGGCCGCCGGUGACUCACACAGAGGUGCCUCCAUUUUGAUGGCAAUCCAAGGACGCGGGGGCGCAUCCCUUGCAAGGCGACACCUCUCUCUCUCUCGCGGCCACAUCGCAGAAACUCAACGCGCUUGUCAGCAGCGGAGUGAACUCGUGGCCACCGUCGCAGACCCAUCUUGGUGGAAGAGGAGAAGCGUUGACUGCGCAAUAAAUGAACUGAGCGACGUUUGUGAAUUCCUUCCGUUAUUAUUUUGGAGCAAUAUACAUAACCCACGAAAUGCUGGCAUGAGACCAGCAGUGGAGGCAUGCACGGUUGCACAUUGGAAAAACUGCAACACAUGGGUGGGUGGGAUAGCUCAAGCGGUUGUGCGCUCCAUGUCAAAGCAAUGACUCGGCACUGCCUUUUAAAGCCAAACAUCUAGUUGUACGCAAUAGGACCUCAUUUGCAGAAAGUUUGAUGAUCUCAUUCCGGUCACCGAUGGCUGCAUGAAAGGACCCAUAUUAACAUUUAUUUUUGCGUGUGAUUCAGUCAAAUUCAUCAUUGUAGGCCUACUUGACAGACUGUUCUCUCGCCUGCACAUCUUAAGAGAGCAGUGUCGCGGUUUAUACAGCUGGACCAUGAAUGGAGAGCAGGCUAAGGUCUGUUAUUGCACUGCUGGGUUCCACACUGUAACGGGCAUCUCUUCGACCCUGUAGUGGAAUAUCAACAUGGAAUAAUGCUUCGCAUUUUACAGAUUACUGCACCACAAAUGGAAUAUACACACAUAUGUUGAAAAACGUAAACGUUGACAUACUAAAUUUUAGUCGCAGUUUUUCAAGGUAAAAUUUGGUGUUGCAUAUUUUUAGUAUCGGGCUUGCAUUGCUUACAUGAGCACACAUUACAUUUCCGUGCACAUAAAGCAGUUUCUUGUACUGUAGGUUUAUCUUGCUGUUGAAGUUGACACGUAACAAUAUCACAUUGCAGCCUGUGUUGUUAUUCAAUUACAUAUUUUGUAUUAUUUACAUUUGAGCCUUAAAGCCAGAGUGCUUUUGAUGUAUUCAUCCAAGAGUUGCACGUGUAAAGUGUUCCAUGCAAUUGAAACAAUGAAACGUAUUGCCUGUAUGUAUUCAUCGGGUCUCUCGGUCUCUGUUCUGCAACUGGGGACUUGGUGCACAGAGGUUGCUCGUAGAGCAGUUGGACUAUUUUGAUUGCGGUAUAAAAAUGUAAUGAUUUUACCAUUGGUUGAAGUGUUUGCUGUAUUAUUAUUUGCUUGGUAACGGUUGUAAUUGGAAAAGUUUGUUUUUAUUGGUUGAGAUUGCCCACGUCAUGGCUCAACAAUACACACUGGUGAAUGAUUCAGUGUUUAUUUUCUUUAGUACGAAGGUUGAGGACUAAUUUUACAUUUUGGACCAAAUGGAUUUGAGGUAAUAGAUUUUUUUAAUUGUAUGUUUGGAAAGUUGAUUGUAAAAUAAAAAUUUACAUCUUUUUGAGGGAAUCUGUAAUUUUAAUAAAUCAUAUCUGUAAACCAG